AGUUUUUAUGCCAAAUGCAGGCAAAACAAGCCUCGUGCCUGUAAUAAACACAAGAAACUCCACGAAAAAAUUUCAGAGAUAACCUCUCCACAUGUCGAAACUUUGAACGGACCAAAGAUCUCGAAAGUGGUCGGACGCCCGAUAUUUAGGCCAUUUUGCCUCACUGCCUGUCAUCCCUCAAAGUGCCCUUUGGGCGCCCUAUAAACCGCCCCGGGCAAUUUAUAAAAAAAUAUACUCACAAUUGCGCCCUUGCAGGACCCCAUUUUUGGUAACAACAGCGCUCAAGCUUUUUGAAAAUUUCGUUAAAGUACCGGCCAUUAUAACCUCAACUGUUUCAGCCCGGAGAGAAACUGAAAAUCGAAAAACAACUUGUUGUCUUGUUGAGGUUGUGUUGUGGAGUGGGCGGCGGAAAUAUCCGAGUCUCGACCGACGAUGCUUUAAAACCACUGAUAAAACGUUUACAUGGCAGCAAUGAAACGGAGACGAUCCUAGCGAUCGUGUUUUGUCGAUUCGAUUUGGCGCUUUUACUUGAAACAGGGCGUUUGGUUGGGUGGGUUAGGUCACGCCUAGUCGUAGUGGGGUAACAGGUUGGUGGCGUGUAAACGCACCCAGUUUUCAGAUAGGAAAACAGAGCUUCCAGUUGUGAUAAUUUAGUUGGUUGUGUUGUUGUUUCCGGUUUCAACCUGAAAUUUCAGACGCUAGGGAUAAUUUUCUGAAAUGUAUUAAAAAUAAGUGACUGUCAUCACAAUGGCAAGAGGAAUUUUGCGUGUUUACUAUACUCGAAGGAAUCUCUUAAGUAAUGUAGAUAAACAAAUAGUCCGGACUUCGAAUUUUCACAAUCAGUGCCCCAAGUAUAGAAAGUGUUUUUUGGAACGAAGAUUUUCAAGUCAGGCAAAAAAUGAGACGGUUGAGGGAAUCCCCUACGAAAAAUUAUCAAUAGGAGUACCCAAAGAACUGUGGCAGAAUGAGAAACGAGUGGCUUUGACUCCGGCUGUGGCUCAGACUUUAAGCAAAAAAGGCUUUACCGUAAAUGUGGAAGAAAAUGCCGGUUUGGGAGCCAAAUUCCGCAAUGAAGAUUACGAACAAGCCGGUGGUGUGAUAGUGGACAAGAAAAGAACGUUCGAUUCUGAUAUUAUUUUAAAGGUUAGGCAACCCUUAGACUCUGAAGUAGGUAAUUUCCGCGAGAGCAGCACACUCAUAUCAUUCCUAUACCCCGCCCAGAACAAAAGUCUAGUCGAUAAAUUGGCCGAACGGAAGAUCAACGCUUUCGCAAUGGACUGUAUUCCACGCAUCACCCGAGCCCAAGUUUUCGACGCUUUGAGUUCCAUGGCUAAUGUUUCCGGUUACAGAGCUGUCAUCGAAGCCGCCAAUCACUUCCCUCGAUUUUUUUCCGGCCAAAUCACCGCCGCCGGAAAAGUCCCCCCGGCUAAAAUACUCGUUGUAGGGGGCGGCGUCGCCGGACUUGCUGCUAUCGGUCAGGCCAAAAGCAUGGGUGCUAUAGUUCGAGCGUUUGAUACUCGGAGCGUCGUUAAAGAACAAGUCGAGUCCAUGGGGGCCGAAUUUCUUACGGUUAAUAUUGUCGAAGAAGGAGGUACGUCUGGGGGAUACAGUAAAGAAAUGUCCAAGGAAUUCAUCGAUGCCGAACACGAAUUGUUUGCCAAACAGUGCAAAGAAGUGGACGUGGUUAUAACCACGGCAUUGAUUCCGGGGAAAAAAGCCCCGGUUUUGAUACUUAAAGAUCAUGUUUUGUCGAUGAAACCAGGAAGUGUGAUUGUGGAUUUGGCCGCCGAGGCGGGUGGUAAUGUCGAAACGACAAAACCGGGUGAGGUGUAUAGCCUGAAUGACAUUACACAUAUCGGUUUCACCGAUUUAUCGAGUCGGUUGCCAACGCAAAGCUCGACACUAUAUGCUAAUAACGUGUCGAAGUUUUUGUUGUCGAUGGGGGAGAAAAAUCAUUUUCGGAUAAAUUUGGCCGACGAGGUGGUGCGAGGUAGUAUUAUUUUACAAGAAGGGAAGAUGUUGUGGCCUCCCCCGGCUCCGGUUGUCGCUCCACCGCCCCCACCAGUUAAGAAAACCGAAUCUAAAGUACAGGAAACUGUAACAGAGAGUCCGUUAAUGGCCACUGUUAAAGACUCGCUCUUGUGUACUACUGGUAUUGGUACGAUAUUAGGUUUGGGUGUUUUAUCACCCAACCCGGCUUUUACCUCAAUGUUAACCACUUUCGGUUUAUCUGGAAUUGUGGGAUAUCAUACAGUAUGGGGAGUAACUCCUGCUUUACAUUCUCCUCUUAUGUCCGUAACUAAUGCUAUUUCAGGUAUUACGGCUGUUGGGGGCUUGCUUCUUAUGGGAGGCGGCUAUUACCCCACUAAUUCAAUCGAAGCAUUAGCUGCAGCCGCGGCGUUUGUCUCGUUUAUCAAUGUUUUCGGCGGUUUUGUCGUCACUAAACGAAUGUUAGACAUGUUUAAAAGACCAGAAGAUCCCCCUGAAUACAGCAGCCUUUAUGGCAUUCCCGCCGCCGCAUUUUUGGGGGCUUACGGCUGGGCGGCUUUCCAAAACCUUCCGGAAAUCCAUCAAGCUGCCUAUCUUGCAGCCUCGUUAUGUUGUGUUGGCGCUCUCGCAGGCCUCAGCUCGCAGAAGACCUCUCGAUUGGGCAACAACAUCGGAAUGAUUGGAGUUUCCGGAGGAAUCGCUGCAACUCUGGGCCAGAUGGCCCCCAGCACCGAAGUAUUGGCUCAAAUGGCCGCUUGCUUGAUCGCGGGAGGCGGUCUAGGCACACUCAUCGCCAAAAGAAUUCAAAUCACGGAUUUACCCCAACUCGUCGCAGGCUUUCACAGUUUGGUAGGGUUGGCAGCCGUGCUGACUUGUACUGCGACUUUUAUUCAUGACUUUCCCAAUUUUGCAACGGAUCCGGCUGCCAAUGUUGUCAAAACGGCACUAUUUUUGGGCACUUACAUCGGAGGGGUGACCUUCAGUGGGUCACUAAUCGCAUAUGGAAAACUCCAAGGCAUUUUAAAAUCGAAUCCGUUGCUUCUUCCCGGGAGACACGCUCUGAAUAUGGGUCUGUUGUUAGGAAAUGUGGGUGCAGGGGCGUACUUGUUUUUCGACCCUAGUAUGAUGGGAGGCUUAGGGGCCUUAGGGACAACAGCCGCGUUAUCAACAGCCAUGGGUGUGACCCUUACUUCAGCAAUAGGUGGCGCUGAUAUGCCUGUAGUGAUUACGGUCUUGAACAGUUACUCUGGAUGGGCCCUUUGUGCAGAAGGUUUCAUGUUAAAUAAUAAUUUAAUGACGAUAGUUGGCGCUCUGAUCGGUUCAAGUGGUGCCAUCUUGUCAUAUAUCAUGUGCAAGGCUAUGAAUAGGUCACUCCCCAAUGUAAUCUUAGGUGGCUACGGCACAUCCAGCACCGGCUCAGGCAAACCGAUGGAAAUUACCGGCACUCACACGGAAAUCAACGUAGAUGGCGCUGUCGAAGCCAUCAACAACGCACGUAAUAUUAUUAUCGUUCCUGGCUACGGUCUGUGCGUCGCAAAAGCGCAAUACCCGAUCGCCGAAAUGGUCAGUCUGCUGAAAAGUCAGGGUAAAAAUGUCAGAUUUGCGAUACAUCCAGUCGCCGGUCGUAUGCCAGGCCAAUUAAAUGUACUUUUGGCCGAAGCUGGAGUCCCGUAUGACGAUGUCCUCGAAAUGGACGAAAUCAACGACGAUUUCCCCGAGACUGACUUGGUGCUCGUAAUUGGGGCCAACGACACUGUUAACAGCGCCGCCGUAGACGACCCCAAUUCGCCCAUCGCCGGAAUGCCCGUCCUCAAUGUCUGGAAAUCAGAUCACGUGAUCGUUAUGAAACGUUCACUAGGUGUAGGCUACGCGGCUGUUGAUAAUCCAGUUUUCUACAAACCCAACACGUCCAUGCUACUCGGCGACGCGAAGAAAACAUGUGAGCAACUACUAGCAAAAGUGAUAAGUGUUAAUAAAUAAGUCAUUUCCGUUUCUUUUUUACAAUUAGAUUAAGUAUUUCAAAGCUUAUUUUAUUUUUUAAAAACUUAAUUAUUGUACACCGUCGUCGCGCCUUUUUUGUUUUAAUUCGUAAUUCUGUAAAUAUGAAUGUGAUGAAUUGAAUAAAUCAAUGUGAUAUAA